GUUUGACAAACAGUCUGAUCUGACUGAUCACACGGGAAUUCAUACAUAAUUUACGAUGAGUUGGCAAAUUCAUAAGAAAUGAAUCAUAUAAAAAACAAUAAAACCUUACCCCAACGUCACAGGGUGAAAGCAAGUUGUACAAAAACGUACGGAUGUGGUCAUACGAAUUACCCACCUUGUAUAACACGUAUGAAUUAUCAUGAGAUUGUGUAAUUAAUUAUAGUUGUUGAUCAAGAUGCUUUUAAUAAUGACGUUUGGUUUUGAAAAUGCGUCCAUUAUGGGUUUAUUAGAAACAAGACUGCACCUUUAUCCACAGAUUUUGAUGUUGCUUAUGUGUCAUAAUCCGAACAUUUUAUAAGGUCAAAGGUCACUAAAUGAUCCACAGACCUUCUAUGCAUGGGAACAAUUUAUUGUCAAUGUGGCACAAGUGUCUGUAAGGGCAGGGUAAAUAAUAUCAAUCCUAAAGUGAAACCUGACCUUUGACCUCUGCUUCCACUAUGUCCAUCUCCACUGCCCGAAUUGAUCUGUUAGAUUCUUCUGAAACUAAUGUGUGAGUGAGAAAAUUCCCGUAAUGAUAAGUCUCUUUGAAGAGCCAUUACAUCUUCCUGAGUGUUUGUGUGUGGAAUUCCCAUGGCGGUGGAGGAGAGUCUUUAAAUGGGUCCAUUAGUGCAUAUGUGCAUCUGUUUGUUUGCGUGUGUGUAUACUCCCGUACCUGAUCAGCCUGCAACACAAGAAACUAGGAUGUCGUCCAGGAAGGACUUAUACAUUUAAAGGACGCCACUUGAACACAGUCCAGCCAAACAAUGAAGGCUCUCGUGCUGAUGCUUUGGAUUUUUGUUGUGCCCACGCACACAGUUGUGCUUCAGCCAAGUUUGAAUGCAUCAAUCCCAUACAAUGUAUCUGCAGAAAGUGACCUGUUUGGAGAGCUGAGACCGGAUUGGUCGGCUUUCAACAAUGAAGAAGAGCUGAGAAAUGAGGAAGAGGUCACAGUCCAAGAGGCUGAUCGACAAACAGAGACUCCUGCAUCUAAACCUAUCCUAUACUCACCAACAGAAUCAAUUAUUUCAAAACCACCAAUCCCUUCAGGAAUAUCAACCGAGAGCAAAUCCGUCAUAACCAGUACUACUCCUUUACCUAAAACUACAACUGCAACAACAAAGCAUCAUAUUCUAAAGUUAACCGCUGAGGUAAUAGAGACCAGAUUACUAUCGAAUGAAAGCAUCACAAGCGAUGACCUCAACGUUAAGCUUCAUGCAAUGAACAACUCUAAACUCCACCUGCUGGAGGAAGUGAGCGUCGAUACCACUGCAGCGGCACUGAGGGCAGGGCCCACUGCUGCGGCCCCACCUGGGCCCAAACUUAAAAACAAAGCAUCACGUGCCAAACCCAAAAGCAAUUCGACAGUGAAGAAGAAAACCAAAAAGCUUCCAAAGAGAGACAGAGCAAAGGAGAAGAAAACAAAUGCUUUGAAAAAAGCAAAAAAGGAGAAGAAAUUAAAACCAACUGCUUCGUAUUUUCCAUAUUUUAAAGAUCACUACUGUCCACCAUAUUGUUCCUGUUAUGGAAGGGUGGUGCAGUGUUCCGACAAAGAUCUGGAGAAAAUACCUUACGGAAUUCCUUACAAUUCCCGUUACAUUCUCUUAAUGAACAACCGCAUCGAUAGCAUUCAGCCAAACUUGCUCUCUCUAUACGACUCCAUGGAGUUCCUGGUGCUUAGCAACAACAAUUUAACGGAUGCUACGGUCGAGGGCGCCUUCAAAGGGAUUCGGAGCCUGAAGAGGCUAUACAUGGAACGAAAUCUUCUUCGGAGUGUCCCCACCGACCUGCCCGCUUCUCUGGAAGAGCUACGGCUGGAUGGGAACCAGGUGAGCGCGAUGUCUGAAGCGGCCAUGGCCCGUUGCCCAAACCUGCUAAUUCUUAGCCUGAGUAACAACAGUUUGGGUAACGAAACAUCAAAAAUCCCUCCAGGAGUGCUUCUUCCGAUGGGCAACCUUCGCACGCUUACUCUUUCCCACAACCGCCUAACCUCCGUCCCACUGCAGUUGCCACUUAAUCUUCGAGAACUUUAUCUCCGUGGCAACCGCAUCCAUCGUCUCCAGGGUGACAUAUUCUGGGGUGAGGCAGAGCUACAGGUGCUGGAUCUAAGUGCGAAUAGACUGACGGAUAAAGGGCUCGGAAAGGCAGCGCUAUUAAACGCCACUCGCCUAGAAAGUUUAAAUUUAGAAGGUAACUUAUUGAAACAGAUUCCUCGCCAUCUGCCUUGCACCAUAAAGACCCUCAACUUAGAGGGGAAUUUAAUCUCCAGCAUCGGCAAGGAUGCUUUUAUAUCAAUGCCCCAGUUGGAGCAUCUGGGCCUGGCACGAAAUAAGAUCACCAAGGUGGCUAUCGGUGCCUUCCGGGUUCUUCCGCUCUUGCAUCAGCUGGAUGUGAGUCAUAACAGCUUGCGACAGGUACCGCGGCAGCUACCGUUGUGGCUGCACUCCGUCACGUUUACGCACAACAAAAUACGCACGGUCCCGCGUGAUGCGUUCUGUUGGGGUCGAGACGACGGGUCAGCGAUCAGUCGCCUGGUCAGGGUGCAGCUGGAACAUAACAUGAUAGAUUUGGGCCAUCUGGACAUGUUGGCCUUUAGAUGCCUCAGAGGGUUUCAAGUGGUGCAGUUUUACUGAACUUGGACUUUAGAGCACUGAUCGGGGAGUCAGCCAUUUUUCAAUCGCAAAAACCUUGCAGUGUACUGGCGAGCCAACUCAACACACUUGCGAAAGAACUUCUAUAAAGACAAGCAUUUGUUUUAAUUUAUAUAUAAACACACAUUGCUAGAAAGGAAGGGGCCACAAUCUACUUAAUAUUUUAAUAUUCUUCCAAAUUUAUGCACGGAUAUGUAAGAGAAUAAAUGUGUUUUCAAUAAUAUACUUUAACACGUGUUUAAAAAUUAAGUCAGAGAGAUGUUGGAUUUGCCGGUGGUUGAUGAAUAACAGCUGUGACUGAUAACAGCGCCCUUAAGGAGCCACGUCGCAGGAAAAUAAGCAAGCAGUGUCCCAAUGUGAAGUGAGCUAGGGUCCUUACCAGUGCCCAAACCUGCAUACAGGAUAUACUGAUUCAUGACCUUGAGAGCUAUAGGGAGCAAAUUGAGACACAGCCACAGUCAGUGCUAUCUGAUACAGAGAUGUAAUACCACUUCUUAACACUAGGAUGAAGCACAGCAUCAUGUAAUGCAAAAUAUUUAAAUGCAAAGAUUUCUUUUGUGAUAUGAAAAUAUCUGAAAGUGGUCAUAUAAUGCACAUAAUAUAUUGUUAAAAUGUUUUUUUUUGUUAUGUGACUGUAAUGACUUAAACCUAAUCUAAAUGUUUUUCUUAAUUAAAAGGAUUUAUUAUUAAAAUAAAAUUGUUUUUCUAACUUGGUGGUCUAUGUUAUCUCAAGCCAAUGUUACAUCUCUCAGCACAGAUAAAAGUUUUAAAAGAUGUUUGAAAAUAUAGUUUACACUAAGGUUGUAUUUGUUAACAAUUCGGUAAU